CACCGGAAAAAAAAAACAGAAUCUAGCCAACCUGAAACGUACGAUCAGCUAUUGUCUAAGCUCUCACCACUGAUACGAAAAAUGUGCUUGUCUCGAAAGGCUCAGGAGGAGGAAUCGAAAGAAUCAGAUGAGUGGUUGUCAUCUUUACAAUAUCUGAAUGCUAAUAUAAAUGACUUAACUAUUUCUGAAUCUUUUUUAGAUCCCGGCAGUGAGUUCGGUGGUAUAAAUGACCCAGCAAUUAAGGUGCUUGGAUGGAAGGCUGAUAAACCAUCUAAUUUUGCCAUAAAGGGCAAUUCUAAGCAUAUCACCGAUUCAUUAGGAUGGUAUACAGACGUGCCAGUUACUUUGAAGGAUAAAGAAGAUAAGACGAUCACCAUUAUUGGAAAUUUUAUUCGUAUUGAUAAUGGUGAAACAGAACCAAUGCUAUUUUUUGGUAUGUCAAACAUUCAGAAGGUUCAAGGCAUCCCCGAGCCGAAUAAAAAUCAGUUUCGCAUAAAGUUACAUGGAAAGGCAUAUAUUAUCCCAACCUUUAGCAAGGCUCCGGUAGUCAAAGAUCAGCCAAAAAAAGAUCAGGACCAAGUAUCUACCGAUUCUUCUAGUCUAACUGGUGAGAAGAACUUAAAAAAAAAUGCAUAA